GAGAUUUUUGCUAAUGCUGUGUUGGUUGUCGCGUUGCUUUUCGCUUCUACGUUACUAACGACACCGAGAAGGAAAGAAAAUAAGGAUUUCAAUAUGGUCUGCGAAAGUUUCAAAGUCAAAGUUAGUCUUUUACUGCAAAGUUUUCUUAUUUUCAAUAAUUUCAAACACGUCCAAUUCCAUGAAUCUGGCUUCAUCAAAUUGCCGUUCUUCAAAUUCGAUGGUGACAUCAUUCAAGCCAUUGCAGUGCCGAAUGUUUUUCACUGUUGUUGGAGAUGUGAUCGUCUACCAGCUUGCUUAUCAUUGAACAUAGCUGACCGGCCGGACGAAGAUGGUUUGUAUGAAUGUCAGCUCCUAACAACAUGCACGGCGAACAAAUAUUCUGGAUUGAUAAAAACCUCCAAAGACUAUCAUCACUAUACUCGAUUGACGGAAGUAUGUAUGGACAACAAGUGUCUGAAUGGAGGAACGUGUGAAGCCGUCGAAUACGGUGACUUCCAGUGCCGUUGCCCGGAAGGAUUCAAGGGAAAACUAUGCGCGGUCAAGACAUAUAAAUGGCACAAGACUAACACUAGUCCCGUCUGUUUUGGAGCAAAAACCUCAUCAUUUGGCCGUUUUUACAUCAACCAAAGUGGAUCAGUUAAAGGAAUCAAGCUUGUAUAUGUAAAAGGGUACGUGGCCGCUGGUAACAGAAUAGAUGCACGAAGCAAAUGGGGUUCUGGUAAUGAUAAACAGCUCUACACCAUCAUAACCAACAGCAGCAACCAGAGGAUCCUUCCCCAAGAUGAAUUCAUAACCAAUUAUAACAUACUAUCCUACCUUUUGCCCUACUCCAAUUAUAAUUCCGAAGAGCUUAUUUUUAAGAACUUUACAAGCCCUAUGGUGGUAACCGCUGGUCAAGAGUAUCGCAUUUGGUACGGAGAAGACUUGACCAACUAUGGUGAAUAUGAUAAUGAAGGAACGACAUGUGCUGAAGUGUAUGUGCUUGCAUUGUUUGACUAGUAAAGUAGAAAACUAGAUGAAGGAGUUCAUGACGGACGUGGCUAACAAGAAUAUGGAGGCUUUGUACCAUCACGUGAUGGCAGCCAUGACAGGAAGCUGGAACCAUAUAUUGGAUCUGGUCUAAUCUGGUUUCAGGCAAAAUAAUUCAUUUGAUUUAUCCAUUGGUAGCACAAGCUUGGUUGUGGUGUCAUGUUAUAAGGAAACUGUAUGGGGAUUCUUCAAAAAUUUCAAUGCUUGCAUUGUUUGACUAGUAAAAUAGAAAACUAGAUGAAGGAGUUCAUGACGGACGUGGCUAACAAGAAUAUGGAGGCUUUGUACCAUCACGUGAUGGCAGCCAUGACAGGAAGCUGGAACCAUAUAUUGGAUCUGGUCUAAUCUGGUUUCAGGCAAAAUAAUUCAUUUGAUUUAUCCAUUGGUAGCACAAGCUUGGUUGUGGUGUCAUGUUAUAAGGAAACUGUAUGGGG